UCAUCUCCAAAUCUUAGUUCUCCACUGUGGAUUUUGUACCUAUUAACUGUCUCUUGCAGGCCGGGGUAAGAAACUAGGAAUAGACAUGCAAGUCCUUACAAAUAGUUGAUGAGAUAAAUUCAAAGUUCACAAAGUUUUAGGCCCGGGUCCCAAAGAGCAAAACCCUAUAAAACCCCGACCACAAUCCCCCUUCUUGAAUCCCCCCUCCCCCCCAACUCUCUCUCUCUCUAACACAUUUGUUUUCAGCACGAUAAAAUGUGUCAUCUAACUUCUGCUCCUCCCUCCAGCAAAUCCAAUUUAAACAUCCCUUUCCUUCCCUCAAUCAAAGAAGCAGAGCAGCCCAAGAUGCUUAUGUCCCCAUUAUUCUCCAAACAAGAAGAAAAGCUAAAUACAUACAGAACAGAGAGAGCCCAUCUGUCCCUCGCUGUCAUAGAAGCCAUUUCCAUUGCCAAAAUAGCUCUCCCCAUGAUACUGACAGGCCUUCUGCUAUAUUCUCGCUCAAUGAUCUCCAUGCUCUUCCUCGGCCGCCUCGGUGAUCUGGCGUUAGCCGGGGGUUCCCUUGCCGUCGGCUUCGCUAACAUCACCGGCUAUUCCAUUCUCUCUGGCCUUGCCAUGGGGAUGGAGCCCAUUUGCGGGCAAGCUUUUGGUGCCAAAAAACACACCCUCCUCGGCCUCUCUUUGCAGAGAACAGUGCUUCUGCUCCUCUGUACUUCAAUACCUAUUUCUCUUCUGUGGCUAAACAUGAAGAAAAUUCUUCUCUUUUGCGGCCAAGAUGAAGCUAUAGCAGCAGAAGCACAAUCAUAUCUUCUCUACUCUCUCCCUGACCUCUUGGCUCAAUCGCUUCUACACCCAUUGCGCAUCUAUCUUCGGACGCAAUCUAUUACUCUGCCUCUAACCAUUUGUGCCACUCUUUCAAUUUUACUUCACGUACCCAUCAACUAUUUUCUCGUUUCACACCUUAAUUUAGGAGUCAAAGGGGUAGCUCUUAGCGGCGUUUGGACUAACUUCAAUCUUGUCGGCUUUCUAAUCCUCUACAUCCUCAUCUCUGGCCUCCACAGGAAAACUUGGCGAGGCUUUUCUGUAGAGUGUUUCAAAGAAUGGAGAUCUUUACUAGAUUUGGCCAUUCCAAGCUGCAUUUCAGUCUGCCUCGAGUGGUGGUGGUACGAGAUUAUGAUUUUGCUAUGCGGGUUGUUGUUAAAUCCCAGAGCAACCGUGGCUUCCAUGGGCAUUCUAAUCCAAACCACAGCCCUUAUCUACAUAUUCCCAUCAUCGCUGAGCUUUAGCGUAUCCACAAGAGUUGGUAAUGAAAUAGGUGCAAACCAGCCCCAAAAGGCGAAGCUGGCAGCCAUUGUAGGCAUUUCCUGCAGCUUCAUAUUGGGAUUUUCAGCAUUAGUCUUCGCAGUCAUGGUGAGGAAGAGUUGGGCUACCAUGUUCACCCAAGACACAGAGAUUAUAGCCUUGACAUCACUUGUUUUGCCGAUAAUCGGGUUGUGUGAGCUCGGAAACUGCCCGCAAACGACGGGCUGCGGAGUCCUGAGAGGGACCGCAAGGCCUAAGGUUGGCGCACGUAUCAACUUGGGGUGCUUCUACCUUGUGGGAACGCCCGUGGCGGUCGGGUUGGCUUUCUAUGCCGGGCUCGACUUCCGGGGGCUGUGGUUGGGGCUUUUGGCGGCGCAGGGCUGGUGCGCGGUGACCAUGAUGGUGGUUUUGGGUCUGACAGAUUGGGACUUAGAAGCCAAGAGAGCCAAGGAGCUCACCGGAGCUGCCCCUGCUGAUGAAAGCCAAGAGGUUGAGGAAUGGAAGCAAGUCAAAGCUGAAAUCAAGGAUGAUCAAGCUAAUAACUUACUCGUUUAAUCUAAUCGAGCCAAGAGGUUGAGGAAUGGAAGCAAGUCAAAGCUGAAAUCAAGGAUGAUUUUUUAACUUUACCGGGGGAUUUAGAUCAAGCUAAUAACUUACUCGUUUAAUCUAAUCGUUUUUCUUUUCUUUAUUUGGUUAUGUGAUUUAUGUCCUAGGGUGUACAUGGGGGUGUACUGAGGAAGAGACAGCGAGAGAGAGAGGUUGUGAAUUAAUUUUGUAUGGGCCUAGAUUUCUGGCGGAACUUUCUGCUAUUUCCAAUGAAAUUGAAUCGGACCCAGUCUGUAAUGCAUAUCCUUGGAGGGAGCACAUGUAAUCCCCUCGAGGAGAUCAAUUCUGUUAUGUGCUCUGUUCAGAUAUUUUUUGUAUUAUAAAGAAAUUAGAAGACUUCAUUCAACAAUGCCAAA